AUGCUCCGGAUCAAUUCGGAAGGACCGCACCCAUCACCGCAACUCAAUAUUAAAGGAGGAAAUAUCCAAAGGAAGGCUGACAGGACAGUUCAUACUUCAGAUAUCGACAUCCGAGACAUGGAGUGUGAACUAGCUCUUACUGAGAAAAUGCCCAAUAACGAGAGAGGAAGCCUUGCAGAAGUGACGGAUCAGUUGACCCGCAUCGAACAGACGAUUCGCAAUAUGACACCCCAAGUUACUGUUCGCGGGACAGCUACGGAAGAAUCAGCGGAUGCAAUACCCACGGCUGGUCCGUCCGGACAGGCGAAAGCAGGGGAAGCCAUGCCAACAAAGGAGGAUGUAAAGGUCGAGGAAACAUCGAUGAAAACGAAGAAAAAACGUCAUUUCUCCAAUUCCAAAGACCAGACGAUCAAAGUCAUGCAGAAGGACCUGGACGACCUAAGUGCACCUUCUGUGAUCGGUUGGGCCAGCAUUACUGUGACUUCUGCUCAGAAAUCACGGAGGGUAAGGAACGCUGAAGAUUCAUCCGGAGGAACGGACUCUGUCAAUUCUGCCUCAAUAACUGUAAUUCGAACAGGAGGUGUCGGAGCCAAAACAAAUCGUGCUGGUAUUGCUCCAUGCAUCCGUUUGCAGGAAGCACUGCAGGAAGCACGCAUCAAGGAUCGCCCUCUCAUCAGUAUCGGCAAUUACACCAUCAACUGCGGCGAUGCUGAUGAAAAGAAAAUACCAAGCCAGCAAGCGGCAAUUGUCGGAAUUGAUGCAAACGCAAAGAUGAGAAUGGACAUCAAUCCGAUGUGCUUGGAGAUGAUUCUAUUCCAUCGAGCAAACAUCGGACAAUGGAAAUCGUCGAAUAGUCCAUUGCGAGUAGACGAACUUCAUCGUUAA